AUGUACGCGAAAAUUGAAAGCGAACAAUUGCGAUACAUUCGAUUCAACCAAACAAAAUGGCGUGCAGAAGAGUAUAUACAUCUACGCGAUGCUGUUAAUAAUAAUAUAGAUGGGAAUUUGAACCUUAGUAAUAUUGGUAAUGUGUUCAUACUUCCAUCUUCAUGUACUGGUAGCCCACGUCAUAUGCAAGAAUACAUCCAAGAUGCAAUGACGUACGUGCGUGCAUAUGGUCGACCAGAUUUAUUUAUAACAUAUACAUGUAAUCCGCAAUGGGAUGAAAUAAAAAAAUUGUUAUUACCUGGACAAACGCCGAUUCAUCGUCCCGAUAUUACCGUACGGGUGUUUAAACAAAAAUUAAAAUCUUUGAUUGAUUUAAUUGUAAAACACUCUGUAUUUGGAGAAACACGUGGCUUGAUGUAUUCUAUUGAGUGGCAAAAAAGAGAUUUGCCACAUGCUCAUAUUUUAAUUUGGUGUGUUGAAAAAAUCAGACCUGAAGAAAUUGAUAAAAUAGUUUUUGCUGAAAUUCCUGAUCCAAAUGUUGACAAAGAGCUAUUUGAAAUUGUGACAAAAAAUAUGAUACAUGGUCAUGCGGAAAUUUAA